CCGGCGCGGGAGGAGCCGCCCUACCCCGGCGCAGGCGCCGCAGCGCUCGGCCGGCGCCAUGGCCCGCGGGACGCUGCUCGGCGCCCUGGCCUGUCUGUGCUUCCUGGCCCCGGCGGCCGAGGCCUUCAAGAGGAGGGGACCCAGCGUGACAGCCAAGGUGUUCUUUGACGUGAAGAUUGGAGACAAAGAUGUUGGCAGAAUUGUAAUUGGACUGUUUGGAAAAGUUGUCCCAAAGACCGUGGAGAACUUCAUUGCGUUGGCAACUGGAGAAAGAGGAUAUGGAUACAAAGGAAGUAAAUUUCAUCGUGUGAUCAAAGACUUCAUGAUUCAAGGAGGAGACUUUACAGCUGGAGAUGGAUCAGGAGGAAGAAGCAUCUAUGGAGAAAGGUUUCCUGAUGAGAACUUCAAGCUCAAACACUAUGGAAUUGGAUGGGUUAGCAUGGCUAAUUCCGGCCCCGACACCAACGGAUCCCAGUUCUUCAUCAGUGUGACAAAGCCUUCCUGGCUAGAUGGAAAACAUGUAGUAUUUGGCAAAGUCCUUGAUGGAAUGUCUGUGGUGCACUCAAUAGAACUCCAGCAGACAGAUGAACAUGAUCGGCCCCUUCAAGACUGCGUGAUUGUCAACAGUGGCAAAAUAGCUGUAAAGGAACCGUUUGUAGUUGAAGUUGGUGACUGGUGAGAACAAUACUCAGAAUGAAAAGUAAAACUUAAUCACUUUUCUUUAAUGCAAGUUUUUGAGCAAUCUCAUUGAUCCACUGAGUUUUCUCCUUAAAACACAGGAAGUUACAUUUAGGCAAUACUUAUCAUUUGCCAAAUACAGAAAAGAUAGGACUAUUUCUGUAACAACUUGUUGGAGCUGCCACUCUGAAAUUCAAGACAUAUGCCACCAAAUUCUAGAUCUUGCAGAAAAAAACCUUCUUUUUCUUGCAGAAAAGUCUUCAAUAAAAAAUUAUAGCACUUUAGGGUAGCAGUAAUUCUAUUUUUUCAACAUUUAAAGUAAUUUUGUUCUGUUUGGAAAUUUUAGCAAUAUUUGUUUUUGUAUUUUCAACUGAAAAUAUUUACUGUAACACUGCCAGCAUUUUUAAAAACUUAAAAAAAAAAAAGAUGGAAGUGUUUUGAAUAAAUAAACUUUGAUUUCAAA